AUGGCAAUUAAGUUGGUCGCCCUUUUGGCCAUUGGCCUGGCUCUGGUAGCCAUCAGCGAAGCUCGUCAUGUGCCUGGCCAUCGCUACCAUCAGCGGCAGCAGUUCGAGCAGCGUGCCCUGAUCGCCCCCAAGCCCCAUGCUGGCCCCCAGGGUCGCAUCUUCCCGGGCGCUGUGGCCAUCAAGAAGCUGGUGCUGCUGAAGUUCAAGAAGAUCGUGCCCAUCUCCCUGAUCCUGCUCAAGUCGAGCAACGAGAACGAGGCCGAGCUGGUGCCCGUCUACCCCACCGACCAGAUACCCGAGAACGUUCAGUUCAUUCCCACGCCCAAUGGCAUCUCCGGCCACAAGGACGUCCAGGCCAUAGCCAUUCCCAGCGAGCUGCACGACCAGCUGCAGAUCAACGGCCUCUCCAACCUGGAGAACAUCGAGGCGCUGCUCCAGAGCAGCUCCAUCUCGUCCGCUGACUCCGAGGGAGAGUCUGCGCCCGUCGGCAACAGCAUUGCCGUGGCCCAGCCCGAGGAUCUGGUGCUCGAUCAGCCCGAGAACGAUGAGGAUCAGCUGCUCGAUGGUUCAGCAGCUGCCCCCGCACCAGUCCCAGCCUCGGCCCCAGCUGCAGUUGCCGCUGCGCCAGGCCUGCGUCGCCUGUCCGCCGAUGAGCUGCUGCGCUCCGGCGUUCGCAACUCGGCCCAUCUGCAGCAGACCAGCGUAGAGGAGAUCCCCCUGCUGCUGUACUCCGCCAACGAUGGUGGAUCCUCCAGCUCCAGCUCAGGCUUCUCCUCCAGCCAGGGACGCCGCUAUGUGGCCGCCACUCCAGCGCGUCGUCGCCAGCAGCAGUUCUACAACUGAGCAGAGCUCCACCUCCUCCUCCGCCUGCUGGCUCCCUAGGCUUAA